AUGAGGCCCGGCGAGUACCGCAGCUUCAGGGAGAUGGGCAUGAGCAGCAUGAGGUUCAUGAGCAUGAGGCGCAUCAUGGACAUGACCCACAUCAGAGCAGCACCACCAGUUCUCUGGAGAGCCGACACCAGAACCAGGACCAUGGGCAGGGUAGGCACUGCCCUCCUCUCGUCCUCUAGCAUCCCUCGCAUGAAUGUGGCCUCACGGCUGGUUAUCAUCUUCUACGAGGACAGGAACUUCCAGGGUCGUUCCUAUGAGACCAGCAGCGACUGCGCCGACAUGUCCUCCUACCUGAGCAGGUGCCACUCCUGCAGGGUGGAGAGCGGCAUGUUCAUGGUCUACGACAGGCCCAACUACAUGGGGAACCAGUACUUCAUGAGGAGGGGCGAGUACGCCGACUACAUGAGCAUGAUGGGCAUGAAGGACUGCAUCCGGUCCUGCAGGAUGAUCCCCAUGCACCGGGGCCAGUUCAGGAUGAGGAUCUACGAGAGGGAGAACUUCGGUGGCCAGAUGCACGAGCUGAUGGACGACUGCGACAACAUCCAGGACCGGUUCCGUAUGAGCGACUGCAUGUCCUGCCAUGUGAUGGACGGCCACUGGCUGAUGUACGAGCAGCCCCACUACAGAGGCAGGAUGAUGUACAUGAGGCCCGGCGAGUACCGCAGCUUCAGGGACAUGGGAUACAGCGGCUCCAGGUUCAUGAGCAUGAGGCGCAUCAUGGACAUCAACUCCGGCAUGAACAUGAGAGGAAAGAUCAUCUUCUACGAGGACAGGAACUUCCAGGGGCGCCACUAUGAGUGCAUGAGCGACUGCGCCGACAUGUCCUCCUACAUGAGCAGGUGCCACUCCUGCAGGGUGGAGAGCGGCUGCUUCAUGGUCUACGACAGGCCCAACUACAUGGGCAACCAGUACUUCAUGAGGAGGGGCGAGUACGCCGACUACAUGAGCAUGAUGGGCAUGAGCGACUGCAUCCGCUCCUGCAGGAUGAUCCCCAUGAUCAUCUUCUACGAGGACAGGAACUUCCAGGGGCGCCACUAUGAGUGCAUGAGCGAUUGCCCCGACAUGUCCUCCUACCUGAGCAGGUGCCACUCCUGCAGGGUGGAGAGCGGCUGUUUCAUGAUCAUCUUCUACGAGGACAAGAACUUCCAGGGCCGCUCCUACGAGACGGGCAGUGACUGCGCGGAGCUCACCUCCCACCUGAGCCGCUGCAACUCCUGCCGGGUGGAGAGCGGCUGCUUCAUGGUCUACGAGAGGCCCAACUUCAUGGGCCACCAGAUGCUGGUGAGGAGGGGCGAGUACCCCGACAACCAGCGGCUGAUGGGGAUGAGCAUGAGCGACUGCGUCCGGUCCUGCAGGAUGAUCCCCGUGUCGGCGUACUCGCCCCUCCUCAUGAAGUACUGGUUCCCCAUGAAGUUGGGCCUGUCGUAG